GUACUUUAUGGUUUAGUUUUUACAUGACUCAAACACUUCUUGGUAAUAAGGUGUACAUCUGGAUAAUCCGGAGAGGGAAAACACAGAAACAGAGCGGAUUACUUAGAGAGAAGUGCUAAACACAAUCAUAACCAAAGGUGAAACCAUGGUUAUGCUCUGACAACUUGGUCUCGAUUCACUGCCUUCCAUGUCAGUGUGCAUUUUGAACCAGGAUAUCAAGUUGAUCUCCAGUCUGAAGUCAUGGCUUGGAAAAAGACACUGGACUGGUUUAACAAGGUUUUUAUCUUGUUCCCAGAGGAAGAUGUGUGAAGAAAAAUGCUAUAGGACUCAAAUCUUUCAGUUGGUGUGUGAAAAAUGUUUCUUCCUGGAUGGUCAGUUCGGUGUGUCCUACUGACUCUACAUGUGUACGCCUGCAGUGGUUAUGACAAGCAAGAGGUCAUUUGCUCACAGGGUCUCUCUGAUUGUACCAUGAAGGAUGAGGUGCCUCUAGUGUUUGGAGGGAAUGAUGCUGUGGAGAUCCGAAAUCUGACACCAUCUUUUAAGAUGUGCUGUGAGGACACAGCACCCUGUGUAUUAUGUCUGGUGAUAGACACAAAAAUCAGCUUCCAUCCAGAUAAAGACAUGGAGGAUGAAGACCACUCUGGGCACGAUGAGGAAGAUUAUAGCGAAUCAAAAGCGUCUCUGACAGUGUGUUACAGUACAGCGCCUACCAUGCCCACGUGCAAGAAGGUGGAGUUUACGGUUAAUCACACUGCUUUAACUCACCACAACUAUGCAGAGAUCUCUAUGGUGAUUAUUAAGCCAGCUGGGGUUUCCUUCAGCAGUCGUGUCAUUGUUUAUUCUUAUCCACCGUCACAUAGAGUUCAAGUUGUUGCUCCUUCUCUAGAUAAAGUGUGCUCCCAGGAGCUGCAGGAACGUGUAGAGGAGUGUGAUGUGCCCAAACUCAGCAGUAAAAUUAACCAGGAGAUGAAUCAGGUAGAGCUGCGGUCUGCUGACAGCAAUCGGGGCCUCCCAUCUAUGUGCGUCCAGUAUGAGCACAAUGGAACGUGUCAGAAAUGGAACAGGGCGACCAUCCCGCUGUAUUCUGUGACCCCCUGCAUGUGUUUCCAGGCAUGGGAGGAGGAUGAUCAGAGGUUGAGGCGCUCUCAAAGCUGCCCCUUCAUUAACACAAAUUUCCUGCAAAAGAACGUGUGGCAGAACGUGUCAGUGUCUGUGAGACAGGGUCAAAUGAUCGAUGGCCUCUCAAUGCUGUGGUGGAACCUGUCUGCCCCCUGCAGGCUUGAGGGUGAAGUGUGGCCCUGUCACAAAGUGAGCAGCUGCAAGGAGAUGAAGGGAUUCAGACAACAGCUGACAAAUGGCACAUGGACACAAAACAGGAAGGGACAUUGGGUGAAAAUGGGGGUGUUUGAGGACAUCGACCUUCAGCACUCACCAUGUGUUAUGGUGAACGUAAAGGGAAUGGGAUAUGAGCUUGGUCCAUUCUGUUAUAAAAACACUGACAGGUGGCACUGGAGUGUCCUGGUUGUUGGUGUUAUGGUACUGGUCUGCUUGACUGUGCUCCUAUUCUAUCUCCUUCAUGACUUUGUCAAGAAAUGGGUCUGGAGCUGGCAUCAUGGCAGAUUUGUAGAGAUUGGCAGAAAGUCUCAUGUGGUGUUGCUGAGCCCCCCGGAUGUGGAUGAUGGUGUAUCGGAGUCAAUAAGUCGGCUUGGCUUCCUGCUCUGCAAACAGGGCUUCAGUGUUACCGUGGAUCAGUGGUCCAGGAAGGAGCAGUGCACUCUGGGGCCCCUGCCAUGGCUGCACUCCCAGCUGCUGGAUCUAAACAGCCAAGGCGGUCGAGUUGUGCUCGUCUUGACCAGCAAAGCUUUGGAGAGAGCAGAGGAAUGGACUCAUCAGCAAAAGGAGAUUGUUAAGACAAAAGGAGAAGACAAGGGUUUACCUUGGGUUGGGUCCCCUUACUCUGAUGUGUUCAUGGCAUCUCUGUGCCUCAUCCAAGCAGACAAGCAGUUGGGCAGAGCUGGAGAACGUUUUUUGCUGGUGAAAUUUGACUCCCAUCUAUGCACUGAGAGGAGUCUACCAGAGCUGCUUCAGGGGCUGCUGUUAUUCCAGCUUCCCUCUCAGACCCAGGCUCUCAUGACUGAACUCGCUGUAGGAGCGACAGGGAGUGGGUCAAGUAAAAGGACAUGGACAGGGUGGACAUGGAGUACCUCAGAUGGAUGGAGAGCAAAGACUAAAGAUGAAACAGCCCAGCAGAAGGCAUCAAACCGUAAAUAUGUUGGAACUGAGAAAAACAUGGAGACAAAGCCUUUAAAAUCCACAGAAAUGUUAUGCUGAAUAUUAUUGUUGCUCUGUGAAAACGAAGGACAUGUUCAUCCAAACUGUGGAUGAGAUAAACAUUUAUACACUGUGAGGGUAACUGACAAUGCCUGGAGUUUAUUUUUACUGGAGAUAUUAAAUUUUAAAUGGCAAGAUAACAAUAAACAGAGGCAGAAAACCCAGUGGGCCUAUCUGAAGCCUCCAACCUCCAACAAUGUCAAAACUUCUCAGCCAUAGAGAACACAAAAUGAGCAUAGAGAAAACAACAUGACUACAUAAAAUGAAAAGCAUGUACCCCAACAUUUACAGCCCACAAUAUAUUAACCAAAGACCCUAAACUAAAACCCCAACCCUAAACAAAUAUUAAAUGGUAAAAACACUGGUUAAUGGGAUAGGUAAGGUAGGCGAGUUGAAAAAUCAGUACAACUUAGAGUAGUAACCAGUGUAGAAGUCGCAUGUUUUAGUAGUAACUGCUUUAAGCUCUUUUAAAAAAAUCUAAACAUGAUGACUUUUUUUUUUUUUACAGUGUUAUCGAUCUCAUUCAUACCUGAGGACCUCAUACAUUCACGUUUACAUAAGUUUUUCCUAGUCCUAGAUGUAGAGGAGGUAAAUUAGUCGUAGAGCCCAUAUCCUACAUUAUACAUUAUAAAAGUACUGUGAAAGAUAUUAUAUUGAGUAAGCUUCAGAAGACUGUAAUUGUGGGAAGCAAGGUCAGUGGGAGCAUUUUCCUUUGGCUAUGAUAUGGCAUGUAUAUGUAAGUUUCACACGAUGAAGAAAAGUAUUGCGCCAUAUAACAUUACAGUAUACAUUACAGUACAGCAUUACAGUAUUUAUAUGAGGCUCUAAUAAAGAGUUAUAUAAAAAGAUAUAUAAAGUCUUAAUUACAGUCUAUAUAAUAAAGACAUAUUGUAUACAUACAAUGAUAAAAGUGCAAGAAAGUGGAAGUGGAAGAAAAUGCCUCAAGAAAAAUGCAAAACAACUUUUUCUUCAGUUCAUCAAUUUGGCCCUGAAAGUAUAAAUAUUCAUAUAUGUAUAUAUAUAGUAUGGUUCCCCAGGAAUUUGCAGGACAGUUUAUUUAGAUACAAACAUUCAACAUUUGUUUGUCAAGUUUAUAUUUAAAGUUUUUUAUUUUAUUUUAUAUUUUAAGAUAAUUUAUUGCAUUUGUUGAGGAGUUGAUGUGCUGGUCAAUACCUUAGGAAGCCUGCGUUCAUUGUUAUGAAGGAACAAGUCUCAUAGAGUAACAGUGUUUUUAACAACGACAAUAAUAAUUGUGGUCUGUGAGACAGAAUAAUAGGUUGUUGUUGUUUUUUUAUCACAAUUUGGCUACACAGAUAACUCUUAUUGUGAUUUAUUCAUUUGUUUUCUUUGGUCUAUCUGUGGAUUUAUUCACCAUUAGAAAAACACAGAGUAUAACAGAGUUUAUAAUAAACGUUGAACCUAAAAUGCUACAUACCAAUUAUAUCAUGUGCUGUAAGUCUGUCAAUGUCUAUAAAUAAAUAUACUUAUUUUUGUGCA